UCUCAGUUGUCAAUUUUAUGUGGCCAAGCAGAGAAGUUUGAAGACGCCAAAAAUGGGGUGGCAAUGUUCCGCCUCUGCAUCUUCUUCUUCUUCCUUCUUCCUAAACCAUUACCCUCACCAUUAUCUCACCACCAAUACCCGCAGAAGCUCUUUUCUACUUCAUCCGCAGCCAUGGAUGAGACAUCGAGCUUCUCCAGUUAACCCCACUCUUCUCUCUUCUAAACCCCUUCCCUGCAUCAAUGGCAUUUCAUCCUCUUCUUCCUUCUUCGGUCUCCUCACCGCUUCUCCGGCAACCUUCAGAAACCGCCAUUUACUUCGCUGCAGCAUGAAAAACAUGGAGACUCAACAAUCUCCACCACCGGUUACCAUUGAUUGCGUGGGGACUGGCCUGGACGUGGAGUGUGUCGCGUCGGAAACCGACCCGCUGUUACCUUCUCAAGAAUCGGAGGAAACGAAGGGGAUACAGAGCGUGAUUUGGGAAUGGAUUGUUUUGGUUUCACCAUUUUUCUUCUGGGGUACGGCUAUGGUGGCGAUGAAGGAGGUGUUGCCGAAGGCCGGCCCGUUUUUUGUGGCGGCUUUCCGGUUGAUUCCGGCUGGGAUGAUUUUGGUGGCGUUUGCUGCGUAUAAAGGUCGGAGAUUGCCUUCUGGGUUCAAUGCUUGGAUCUCCAUUGCUGUCUUUGCUUUGGUGGAUGCUGCUUGUUUCCAGGGAUUUCUUGCUGAAGGGUUACAAAGGACUUCCGCAGGUCUGGGAAGCGUGAUAAUUGAUUCACAGCCCAUAACAGUUGCCAUACUUGCGGCUUUGUUGUUUGGAGAGUCUAUUGGAUUAGUAGGAGCUGCAGGACUUUUACUUGGUGUCAUUGGACUUCUACUUCUCGAGGUCCCUGCGCUUGCCUUGGACGAGAGUAAUUUUUCAUUAUGGGGGAGUGGAGAGUGGUGGAUGUUUCUUGCAGCCCAGAGCAUGGCUGUUGGCACGGUUAUGGUCCGCUGGGUUUCGAAGUACUCUGAUCCUGUUAUGGCGACUGGAUGGCACAUGGUUAUUGGUGGUCUGCCUCUUGUGGCACUUUCUGUUCUGAACCACGAGGCUGUCUUCGGUGGGGUUCUUCAAGAGCUUACAGCAAGUGAUAUUUUGGCACUCCUGUACACCUCCAUUUUUGGAAGUGCUGUCAGCUAUGGUGUAUUCUUCUACAGUGCUACAAAAGGUAGCCUAACCAGGCUUAGCUCACUCACCUUUCUAACUCCGAUGUUUGCUUCAAUCUUUGGGUUUCUAUAUCUUGGUGAGACCUUCUCUCCCUUGCAACUGGUUGGAGCUACAGUCACAGUUAUUGCAAUAUACAUGGUUAACUUCCGUGGUAAUGAUGAAUGAUAUGAAGCAUAAAGUGAAGAAGAAAGAACAAUAUACAGGCUGCCUUUUGCUGUAGGCUCUGCUGCAUGUUUGUAUCAUGCAUGUAGUCUCUGCUGCAUGUUUGUAUCAUGUAUGUAUAUAGAAAGAUAGGUUAAGCUUUCCCACAGAUCUGAUUAUUGUAAUCUCUGUAAAUAUACCAGAACAAUAGGAAGUUUUCUCAAGGUUUAAAUAUAGGUAAAAGUUAUUUGAGUUAUUUUCUCAGAAGCUGCUAAGAACCAAACUGGUGCAACUUAAAAUUCAAUUGCUUAAAUGCAAGACAGUGCAAGACAAUCAUUAUCAAUG